AUGGCAACAGCAACAGGAGCAGUAACAGGUAAAGCACAAUGUGUCACAUGUAGGAAAGAGAAGAGUACAACUCGAUGUGAUGGAUGUUCUCAACCAUUUUGCUACAAUCAUCUUGGAGAUCAUCGACAAGAAUUAAAUAAACAAUUAGAUGAGAUAGAAGUUAAUCGAGAUCUUUUUCGACAAACUCUUACAGAACAAUCAGCUAAACCAGAGAAUCUAACAUUAAUAAAACAAAUCGAUGAGUGGGAACAAGAUUCAAUUGAUAAAAUUCGUCAAACAGCAAAUGAAGCUAGACAGACAAUACUACAACAUAGCACUAAAUGUCUGACUGAUUUUGAAACGAAAUUAAACACAUUAACUAAAGAACUACGAGAAAGUCGUGAAGAAAAUGAUUUUAUUGAAGCAGAUCUUCAACGAUGGAACACACAAUUAACACAAAUGAAUAACGAAUUAGAUAAACCUUCAACCAUUAGUAUCCAACACGGUUCGACACCAUUAAUUAGUACAAUUCAUGUUAAUGCAUCAGUCUCAUCGCAUUUACCAAAUCUUGAUAACGAUGCAAAAUCGAUACAAAAUGGUGUCACAGUAGCUGGAGGCAACGGAGAAGGUAGCAGAAGUAAUCAAUUAUCUUCUCGUUUUAACUUCUACAUCGAUAAAGAUCAAACUAUGUACAUUGCUGACUAUAGUAAUCAGCGUAUUAUUGAAUGGAAACUUGGUGCACCAAAUGGUGAAAUAGUUGCUGGUGGAAAUGGAGUUGGAAACCAAGGUAAUCUAUUGAAUGGUCUAACACUUGGCAUAGUUGACAAAGUAAAUGAUUCUUUUAUUAUCUCGAAUAUUGGUAAUCAAAGAGUGAUACAAUGGUCUCGUCAAAACGGCACAAGUGGACAAACAGUCAUCUCGAAUAUUACUUGUUUUGGAUUAACAAUAGAUAAUGAGGGACAUCUCUAUGUUUGUGACUACGAUAAACAUGAAGUGAGACGAUGGAAAAUGGGAGAUACAAAUGGAAUAGUAGUAGCAGGUGGGAAUGGAGAAGGAGAUCGACUUGAUCACUUGAGCCAACCUUGCAACAUGUUUGUUGAUGGAGAGAAUUCAUUGUAUAUAUCAGACGGCAGAAAUCAUCGUGUGAUGAAAUGGAUGAAAGAUGCGAACGAAGGUGUUGUAGUCGAUGGUGGCCAAGGCCUGGGAAACGGACUGACACAAUUGUUCUAUCCACGAGGUGUGAGGGUCGAUCAACUAGGGAAUGUUUAUGUGGCAGAUCAAUAUAAUUUUCGAAUAAUGCGUUGGUCAAGACAUGCUACACAAGAUAGUAUCAUUGUUGAUGACAUUAAUGCAGGAGCAGAAGCAAAUCAACUUCAGUACCCUUUAAAUUUGUCAUUUGAUGAACAAGGGAAUCUUUACGUCGUCGAUUAUGGCAAUCAUUGA